GUUCGCUAGGUCUCAGUCGCGUCUGCCUCACCCUCGAUUGUUUUCAAUCAUCUCUCUUUUUUUUCUUUUUUUUCUGCCUUGUCAGAAGGGCUCCACACCGUUCUUAGCCUGCACGCCGCCGCGCCAGGAACCCCCAGUGCCCACGCUCAUGGCCAACAAGUUGAACAGCAACACAAACCGCCACAGUCGUCCACACGCAUCAACAUCCCCUCAACAUCCAUCCACAAGACACCACGCCUGCCCCCCCGUCGCGUUCUAG